ACGUUCUUCCUGUAGUGUCUCGCUGUGGCCACAGCCUGGGCGUUCACCAAAUCAGCCACGAAGUGGAGGUCUCUUUGCUGGAGCCGUCUCCUGUUUGGAUCUUAUCACACGGUUUCCCUCGAGGGGUUUGUAGAACUGAUGUAAACUGCGUCCAAAUUCAACACAGGAGCACUUGGUGAGAAUCAGUAGCAACUCUGCAAAAAAAAAAAAAAAAAUCCAGGUAGUUGUCACAAACUGAGGUUCACUUCAGGAGCACGACCCUUUUUCCUCACCUGCGGUGCCCCCUGCCCAUCUUCCCCGCCCCCAGCCGCCUCCCGCGCGCACUUUCACUUUCGGGCUCCUCCCGAUUCCUCCUGGAUCCCCGCCCCCUUCUCCUCUUCAGUCCCGUCCCGUCUCAUCUCCCCUCCGCCGAGGCCCCGACGCUCUGCAGAUCCCGCUGCGCUCCCGGAGCAUUGCGCCCAUCCACCGGGCUCUUGCCGCGCUGGAAACUCGACCCGCAGCCGCCUAGACGGCGAACAGCACGUCGGAAGGGACGCGACGGGCCUUUGCGUUCCGGCCGAGGGCGGCGAGACAAAUCUCCGGGGAGUCGGAGGUUGGACUGGCAGCGGGAUCUGUCCUGCACCCCUUUCCUUUCCCCUCUUCCCGUUUGCAAUAGUCCCAUGGAGGAAAAGAACGGGGCACCUCUUCCUCCCCUGCACCAGCCAUUCCCCCUCCCUCCCUCUGUGGAGUCCCCCCCAGCCUCCUCCCUCUGUGCUAUGAAGCCUUCUUGCUGUUCCUUCCUCUCCGAAUUCUCCUUGGUGCCCAUCACCUACUCUGCCUCUCAAUCCCCGCAUCUCCUCUCUGCAGGGCUGCUCUGAGGUCCCUCCACAGUGCCUCUGCUGUCCACCAAGGCCGUCUCCUGUGUCGCAUCUCCACUUGGGAAUUCAUCGAUCCCUUGUGCAUGGAGAUUCUCUCUGGUGCUGGUUUCCCUUUCCCUGAUUUCCUCCCAGCAGGAUCCCCUGCCUUCGGUCCUCUCCCUGGUUCCGUCAUGGACACGAAGGAAGGAGAUAACGGGCUGGCCAACGCCAGCCUCGCCACCGCCCUGGACAUCGAGCUCCUGUGCCCCGUGAACACGGAUUUCACCCAGUGGUUCCUGCCCUCGUUUUACUUGGUGGUGUCUCUGCUGGGGCUUUUGGGGAAUGGGCUGGGCCUGUGGAACGUGUGCGCGAGCUCUCGGAGGAGCAGCUGGAACACCCUCAGUGUGCUGGUCUGCAACUUAGGGGUGGCCGACUUGCUCUAUGUGAUCACGCUGCCCUUUCUGGUGUCCUACUACCUCCAGGGCCGCCUGUGGGUCUUUGGCCGAGGCUGGUGCAGGCUGACCCGGGUGCUCUUCCACCUGAAUCUUUACGCCAGCAUUGGCUUCCUGACCUGCGUCAGCGUCCAUCGCUACCUGAGAAUUGUCUACCCACUGAGGAUGCUGGGUAGGUGCCAGACGCUGGCUCCUUCUGUCUCGCUCAGUGCCUUGGUCUGGGCCUGGGUCAUCAUCCAGCUGUCUCCCGAUUUCGCCUUCAGCAAAAUGGACCACACAGGCAUGAGGUGUCAUGACACGACAGGGCACGAGAACUUGGGAACUUACCAGCCCUACAUCCUAGCCAUAACGAUAACUGGCUUUGUCAUCCCUUUUCUCAUAAUUACUGGAUGCUACUGCCAUGUGGUGGUGGUCCUCCGGAGGAAUAGAAAUGUGGACCCCACCCUCAAGCGUAGGAGCAUAAAACUGGUGGUUCUGGUGAUGGUGCUUUUCUCUGUCUGCUUCCUCCCCUAUCAUAUCUUCAGGAACCUUAACUUGUUGUCCCGAAGGUGGCAGCUCCAAGGAUCUUGCACUCAGACACUAAGGAACAUCUAUGUCUCUUACCAAGUGACGCGAGGCUUGGCCAGCCUCAACAGUGCCAUGAACCCCCUGCUGUACCUGAUAGCCAGCGAGGACCUUGUCAUGCGGAUCAGGGCUUUUUGUCAAAGGAUAGGACAGGCACUGGGGUUUCUUUGGCAAGGUCAAAACCAGCAGCAUUUGGACCAAAAUAAAUUAAGCAUUAUGCUCAAUGAAGAAUGUGAAGAGGUGUCUAAUGAUCUCUGAGUUGGUUACAAAAGAAAAGGAAGACAAAGAAAUGGCAUGUCCAAAAUGCCUAUGUGGGCUUCUCUCCUUUGCAAUAUCCAUUUCUCUUUAGGCAGAGUAGUUUUUAAGAGAGCUAAAAGUGGUCUGUCACAGAGGCAUUGUUGCCUGUGGUUUCUGCACACAUUUCUUUUAUGCCACUGUUGUCUCUGGUGAAAUAGAUCUAGCAGAUCUCUGAAGCACUUCAAAACUGGGAAAAAGCUAUGUUCAGAGACAAAAGUGCAAUGAAUGUGGCACUCGUCCAUUACCAGAAGGGAAGGGGUUAUCAAAAAGUAUACAAUGCACAGCCAGGUUUUAUCGUACUGUACCUCUAGUAUUCACCUGUACUGUUAUUCAUUUACUCAGUUUGGUAGUCCUAUACCUGUUUAUUCAUUAUUUGUCUAAUCACCAUGACUGCAGUCUGAUGCAAUUGACAGUAAUGGGAUUUAAACAACCUAACACACAGGAUUGCAAACAACUAUAGCGUUUGCAUGUAGGACCCCUUUGUGGGGGGAAAAGAAUCAUAGCAGGAAAGAUAUGAGGAUGCCUUUAUCAUAGAUACACCCUUCAAUUAUCUGAAAAUUUCCUUUUCUCCUUACUGGAGAUAGGAUGCCAAGGCCAUUCAAUAUGGCAGUCAGUAUAGGUUCAGGACUUGCAACAGUUUGUUGGUACUUUUCUCCUCCCAUUAAAUGAUUAAUAUUAUAAACAUUUGGGAAGACAAGGGCUAUGCAAAUAUAUAUAUGAGGACUAGAAACAUGUGGAUUUAUUUUUGGAAGGGCUCUUUUAUGGUAUUAUAAAAUCAAAAUGGGCAGACAGUAUACUCUGAAGUAAAUCCUGAAGUGAUUACAUCAGUUAGGCUGCAAUCCUAUACAUGCUUACCUGGGAGUAAGUCCUACUGAACUCAGUGGGACUUAAUUCUGAGCAGACAUGCAUGCCUUCCACUGUCAGUGUUGUUUAAUGCAUGAAAAUGACAUUUUGACACAGUAUUACGUUGACAUUGAUACCAACAGCAAAAUAUAGCUGUAUGGAGGUUAUUUACUCAUUUAUACAAAUUCCUUUGGUUAAGGGUUUAAAAUGGGGAAUUAAAUAUUUUUGAAAUGGUUAUGGACACAAUAGAAAUGUUGCAUUUGUUUGAUUUUCAGGUUGUCUGUGGGUGUUUGGAAGAUCUCCUGUCAGUUCAUAUAGAAAUAAUUUAACUAGGGACCUCCCUGGCUCAAGUCACUGAGCUCUUCAGCUAUGUCACCACAGCUGAAGUGCCAUUAGCCUUUAUUAUGCAGAGCGAACCUCAUAGCCAUCAUCAUCCAAAAAGAGGGAUGGGAAUCUGUGGCUCUCCUGGUGUUGCUGGACUCCAACUCCCAUCAGCCUCAGCCAGUGGUGAAUGGUCAGUCAGGGAUGAUGGAAGUUGCAGUCCAACAACCGCUGGAGAGCCACAGAUUCCCCGUUCUUUUUUUUUUUUCAAUAAUUUUUAUUCAAAUUUUCAUAAAAC